AUGGAUAGAUCCUCAACCCCCGAUCAAUCAAUGGGUUCGAUGACGGUAACCUCGUCAGAUUCCCGUGUAACAUCGUUCGAUUCCAGUCGCGAAAAACGAUGCGACGAUCUCUUCGAAACUUUGAGACGAGAAAUGCACACGAUGCCAGCUCGCGAUGCAGCUAUUCUAGCGGAUUUGCAUCGUGUCGAAUAUCAAAUUCAAAGUGUCAAAAUGGCUCGUCUUGGGCUCUACGACGCCACUCCACAACCGGUGCCAAGUCUUCCGAUCUAA